AAAUACUUUGUUUUUAUUGCAGUUUAUUUCAACUUGUAUUGAAUUUUAUGCUAUUGAAAUAGGACCAGUCUAUGACUCAGAAUAGGAACCACGAAGAAAGCUUACAUUACCAAGAAAUGUUGAAGGAACGUAAACAAUUAUUGGAGGUGUUAAAGGGAAUGCAAGAUAAGCUAGAUACACAGGCAGCACUCAUCAGAGAGAUAUUUGAUAAAUUGACAAAGUCAGAGAAGAAAUGCCAUUAUGCUAGUCCAAUGUGUGAGACAAUGGAGGAUAAUUGGAUGGCAGCAUGUAGUCCACAACUUUCCCCUCGUAUAAAUGUAAUAUCGGAUACACCAUUAGCUGCAAAUGAGCCAUAUAUUUUCUCUCCUAUGAAUGUAAUGGCCACCAAUCAUGAUUUUGUACUUGGAAGUCCGAGUUCCAUAGUGAAGCGUGUGAAAGAGGGUGGUAGGAUUAGAAAUGCUUCUAAAGUCUUACAAUCACUGUACAUGAUAACAUAUCAUAAACGUAAUACUAAAAGCAAAGUAAAAUCACUUGAUAAUGAUUCAACAAUGGAAGAGAGGGCGGCUGGGCUUAUGUUGUCUCAAGAAGAGGAUGUUGCAAUUAAAAGUUUCGUUCACAUGACUGAUUGCAAGUUACAAGUGUAAAGAAAUAUUUUUCAAUACAUGGUAUACCCGAUUGCGAUACUUUUCAACUCAUUAUGGAUAAUGAAUGCCCUCAACAAAAAAAUUCGGAGAUAUGCAAUUUGAACGAAAAAAGAUAGCUGCACAACUUUUGCUUGGCAAGAUAAGUCCAUAGAAAUAAGGUAUUAGUUUCGAUUUUAAUUUCCUACUAAGUUCAGAAUCACAAACACUGCUUACUUCUUACAUUUCUUUUAUUUCUAGCAGACAUUAUGAACUGAUUGGGUUUAUUGUGUCAUUUCCAUAUAUGAAACAUUCAUAUACUUUUUUGAUGUGAAGCAAGACUUCGAAAGUAUGAG